CAAAGUAGGGCCGAGACGUUAGCAAAACUUGUUAUUCAUGCUAUAUAUGUUUUAACCUGCGUAGCCGUUUUCAUACCAGCUCUAAGAGCUAACGUGACUACAAAGCCCCCUCGUGGAAAGUGGUUUUGCUAAGCUAACCCGUAAUCUCCCAGGGGAACAUUAAAGCUUGAAUGGUGCGGGCUAGCCAAAAAGGCUUGAGUACUUCUCGCCAAAAGUUAACGUUACGCCCUAAGUUGGUCUGGAGGGUUACACGAAAUGUUCCACCAGAGUUUAUGCAAUUAUUAAACCCAACUGCAAACGAUAUAUUCUCACAUGUUAGUGGGUUUACGGCUAGCUGCGAUUUAGUUGGGGCGCGAAUGCGGCUUGAUUGUUAGCAUAUGCUAACCACUUAGCUGUAUAAAGAAACUAUAUCUUAUAACGAGUCUCUUGACUGUUAACCCACAUACACGAGCCCUUUUUUGCUGAUAGUAUUAAAGGCGAAACGCUAACGUUGUUAAUCUAAUUUCCAAUUGUUUAUAUUACUGCAGUGUCACUAAAGUGAUAAACCAUUGCCAACUAUAAAUAUCUGCGGCUCUGAGCUCCUCCUCGCUUGUUGUGGCUUUGCUAAGGGACAGGUACAAGUUUCUGUGUCGUAGGCGACAUUGUGAGAGUGGGUGCAGGUGGAAGGUAUCAAGCCUGGAAAGGUUGUGUGUGAAUGAAGUGUGUGGAAAGGUGAAGAUGAGUAUACGUAAUGAAGGUGGAUGAGUUGUAUAUUUGGGGUCAGCCAUCAAAAGCAACGGGCAAUACACAAGAAUGGCAAAGAGUCCAUGCAGGGUAGAGAUGAGUGUCAAAGAUGAUUUGUUACUGAAUAAUAAUGGCGCGAGUGAAAGGAAGAGUUACAAGAUGGUAGUCCACUAAAGAUGUUAACAUUUUCAUUGGGAGUGACCAACACGUACAGCAUUAGAUGUCUCAUAUUGAGCAGUUUGGAGACAAAGGCAAGGCUGGGACAGAAGAUGGAGCUGCCAGGCAGAGACAAUGAUCUUCAAGGAAGCGAUGGCUCUGGGAGUUUGGGAGGCCCGGAUGUUCGCAGACGAAUCCCCAUCAAACUUCUGUCCAAGCAGCCAAUAAGGAGCAAACCUCAGCAGCGCCCCCAGAGACCUGUCAGCAGAACUUGUAAAAGUGAGCCUGGAGAAGAUGUAAUCAUGAAGUCGAUGAUGAGGACAGCAUCAAAUAACUUUGGCUUUAAGCAAGAGGACAGGUUUGACUGUGGAACUAAAGCUGGUGAUGUGUUUGCAAGUCAGAGGAGAUUUCCACAACCGUUGUUCUGGGACUAUAAGUUAAACUUGAUUGGAGAAAAGGAUGACGUUCCGAUUCACUUCUGUGACAAAUGCGGUCUCCCUAUUCAGCUGUAUGGACGGAUGAUUCCCUGCAAACAUGUUUUCUGUUAUGACUGUGCUCUACUUCAUGAGAAGAAAGGAGAGAAGAUGUGCCCAGGCCUGACCCUCUAUAACUGCACAGACCCGGUUCAGCGCAUUGAACAGUGCCAACGUGGUUCCCUCUACAUGUGCAGCAUCGUAGCAGGAUGCAAGCGCACCUACCUGUCUCAGCGUGACCUCCAGGCCCAUGUCAACCACCGCCACAUGAGGGCUGCCAAGUCUUCUGCAGGCCGCCAGGAGCCCGUGCACCUGCCCCCUGCUUCUGAUGUAUCUGAGCGUUUCCGCCUGCCUCCACCUCACUUACCCAAGAACCAUGUCCAUCUCACCAACCCGCUCCAGCACGGGAGCCAUGAUCCUUACAGUCAGCCGCCACCUCCCUCCGCUCACGAAGGCCCGCCCCCAACUCCUUCUCUGGGUCCUGAGACAUUCCGCAUUGCCACGGUAACAACUCGUAAGCACAGUAAUCUCAUCACUGUGCCCAUUCAAGACGACUCCUCUUCCUCUCGCGAGCCCCUCUCUGCUGGGCCAGGCCCUGGCCAGCCACCCCACCACCACCCCGGGGACUAUCCUGGCCAGCCUCCCGUAGUGUCGCACUCUCACCAUAUGAUGGCACCACCUCAACAGCAUUUUGGUCCCCCGCCUCCCCCGCCGCCUCCCAUUACCCACCCAAUGCAGCAUCCUCCCCAGGCCUCUGGGACACCACACAUGGUGUACAACCAGGCCCCUCCUCCCCCAAUGUCCACAGCGCCCCCACCUAUUACUCCUCCACCAACGCACAUGAUACCCCCUUACAUGAAUCACCCACCCCCAGGACCUCCACCACAGCAUAGCGGCCCUCCUGUUAAUGCCCCACCACCUCAUCAUUAUAACCCGAACUCCAUGCAGCAGUUCCCUGAAGACCAGGGUACCCUCAGUCCGCCCUUCACCCAGCCAGGAGGGCUCAGUCCUGGGAUGUGGCCCGCCCCAAGAGGACCCCCACCUCCACGAAUGCAGGGACCCCCUCCCCAGGGCCAAAUGCCUGGUCCGCACCAUCCGGAUCAGGGCCGGUAUCGGCCCUAUUACCAGUAAACUACCACCGAAAUGAGUCUGUCAUUCUGUUCCAUACUGCUUGUCUGAGUAAUGUGAUAGUAAACCUCAGGGUUCCAGGUUGUAGACAUUGAUUUCCAUAAAACUGCCCAAAGCAAAUGUGUAUGUGGUGCACACUCAAGUUAACUGUGCUAAACCUUCCACUGAACAUACUUUUGACUUGGAAGAGAGCCGGAGUGUCCUGUUUUUGAAACAACAUAUGGUAAACAUGUCUGUAUAUAUGUUAGCUGAUGCCACACAUGUACAUUUAAAGAUGUUGAGUCAAUAAAUUUUUAACAGCACAUUUCUAUCGUUUUGUUUGACAUGAUGUGAUGUAGUACAAUGUCAGCUGGUUUCUUUAACAGAAGUUACUGAAAACUACAUUUAUCACUUGGUCUGACUGACGAGGUCUUCAGUAUUUCUCAUUAAAAAUAUAUUGUGGAAAAAUGAA